CCACGAUGGACACGAACGAGCUGAAGCCCGAUCUGAAAAGGUCUCCUACGGGAGGAGAAGACAAAUACAAUUGUUACUGCGGAAAAGAACGAAAUCUCAACAUCGUGGAAUUGCUGUGUGCCACCUGCAGCCGAUGGUUUCACGAAUCCUGCAUCGGGUUUCAGCUAGGCCGACUCGUUCCAUUCAUGAUGAACUAUGUGUUUGUGUGUAAAAACUGUUCCAUGACGGGAUUGGAAAGCUUCCGAAAGGUGCAAGCUUCGAUACCGCAGAUGUGUAUUACGGCGCUGGCUAAUUUGCAGCAAACUGCCAGUAAGGAAGGGAAAGCGCGGCUCAUGUUUAGCAAGGAUAAGGACAUUAUACCGUACAUGGAUCAUUACUGGGAAGCGAUGACAACCAUGGCACGAAGAUCGACCCAAUCGUGGUACGCUACCGUGCAAAGGUCGCUCAUAAAAGACAUCAGCACGCUGUUUUCGUACGAGGAAAGCAACGAGCAAGGGCAGAUGUAUGGAUUGGCUAAUACGGACCUGACGCAGAUCAAACCGACGUACGAUGAAGCUACUACUCUUGCUACUCAAAACUUCUCCAAAAGCCGACAGCAAAAGCGAAAGCUGCCCAACAGCGAACAGAGUGGAGCGCUGGGAAAGAAGAGCAGGCUCGGUGCGGAUGUUGGUGCACUUGUGAAAUUGCCAGCACACGGAUACCCACUGGAACAUCCGUUCAACAAGGAUGGAUACCGGUACAUACUGGCCGAACCGGAUCCGCACGCUCCAUUCCGGCAGGAGUUCGACGAAAGUGCGGAUUGGGCAGGCAAACCGAUUCCCGGCUGGCUGUAUCGUGUUCUCUCACCAAACGCGGUACUGAUUGCGUUGCACGACCGUGCCCCCCAGUUGAAGGUGUCCGAGGAUCGACUGUCGAUAACGGGCGAAAAAGGUUACUGCAUGGCUCGGGCUUCCCAUUACGUCACCAAAGGUUGCUGGUACUGGGAAGCUACGGUGGAAGAUAUGCCCGACAGUUCGGCGUGUCGUUUGGGAUGGGGGCAAGAGUAUGCAAAUCUGCAGGCCCCGCUCGGGUAUGACAAGUUUGGCUAUUCGUGGCGUUCGCGCAAGGGCACAAAGUUUCAUGAAUCGCACGGCAAGCAUUACAGCACGGGAUACACCGAGGGGGAUACACUGGGCUUUCUUAUAACGCUGCCGAGUGAGAACCAAGCCAACCAAGCGUCGAACACGUUCAAGGAUAGACCAUUGGUAAAGUUUAAAAGCCAUCUGUACUACGAAGACAAGGAUCGGGUGAACGAAACGUUAAAAUCCUUGAAAGUACAAGAAGGAAGCCGAAUUCAUUUCUUCAAAAACGGCGUUUGCCAAGGGGAAGCGUUUGUAGACAUUUACAAGGGCGCAUACUAUCCGGCCAUAUCGUUGCACAAGAACGUUACAAUCAGCGUCAACUUUGGGCCGAACUUUAAGCACCCGGAGGUGCUAAAGGAAUUUAACGCACAAUCAAUGCACGAACGCGUGGAAGAAAUGAUAUGCGAGCAAACGAUGGCAGAUAUGAUGUAUUUUACCGAAAACGACGGUAAGCUUCGACUUGAUACGUACAGCGUGUAGUUGAUGUGGUUGAGACGAACCGGAAUAAAUAUUAAAAUGC